AGGAAGGAAUUGGUUCACAAUAGCCAAUGUCAUUAGCAAUAAAUUUAUUAAUUGGCUAAAUAAAUGCUAAACCGAACCGGAAUAGUAUUUGAACCAGUUAGAUUUCUUGAAAUCAAUUGUUUAAUCAUUUGGUUUAAAAUUCGGUUCAAGUCUGAUGACUUGGGACUUCUUAUUUAGACUCAAGGGCGAGAGUGGUCGUGUCUACUCAUCGUCCCCUGUGAUUAUUAUAUACUAAUAAAUGCUGCGAUUUUUACUUCCAUUUCUGAAAAUUUGAAGCUUUCCUUGUGACAUCAAAGUCGAAAUCUCCGGGUUUUUUCUUCAUCAGGUUUGUUGUCCUCAUGGCUGAAAUAGAUGUUCCAGUGUUCUGUUUGUGGAACGGUUGCAUCAAGGACAGCUCUAGUGGCAUAUACUAUGAUGGAUCCAAUGUUGAAAAAAUCACUGUUAAGCGAAAGGCCAAGUUUAAUGAAUUGCUGGAUCGUCUGUAUCAAGUUACUCGGUUAGAUAGAAGUAGGUCAAGGUUUGAUGUCAUCGGUAGAUAUCCUUUAACUGUUCAACAGUUUAGGGUUAAGUAUGUACGUCUUCCAGUGGUGGACGACACUAGUUUGGAGACUAUGCUUGAGGUUCCAACCAAACAUCCUUGUUUUCAAAGUAUUAACCUGUUUUUGGAAGUGAAAUCGACAUCCGAUGGAGUUAUUGUUCCUGCUGCUUGUUCUUCCAAAAGACAAAAGACUGAUGGUAAUGAUAAGUUAGAGAGGGAGAAGGAUAGAAACUCAGAAUCAUAUAAGGUGGUGAACGUUGUUGAUUUGACAGGAAAUAGCAUCACUUCCAGUUCUGGUGUUUCAAAGCCGUGUAUGUCUAGUUUGUGGGUUGACGGUCAUGACUUGCGAGUUGGAUUGUGCUUCAAAGAUGGUGGUGAUCUGAAGAAGGCAGUGAACUGGUGUUCUCUAAACGGGCAGCAAAAGUGUUUAAUACGAGAGACUGCAAAAGAUGAGUAUAUCUUUGAGUGCAUCAGAUGGAAAUGCAAGUGGUCACUUGGAGCCGCUAGAAUGGAAAAACAUGGACUUGUCGAAAUAAUCAAGUAUACUGGUCCACAUACUUGUCAACCCAUUUAUCCAGAAGAUUUCAAAUCAGAGUUUGAAACCUAUGAGAUUGAACGGACAGUAAGGGAUAAGCCCACACAAACAGUUGCAGAGUUGAAGAAGUGGUGGAAAGAGAAAAUUGGUUAUGAGCUUGAAACUUCAGAUGUGCGAGCUGCAAAAGAGAAAGCUAUCAAAAGAGUUUUUGGAGAUUGGGAUCAAAGUUUUGAAGAUUUUCCCAAGUUAAUGUCUGCCUUUCAUUCAUCUAAUGGACUACUCGUGGAUUGGAAGUACAAUCUUUAUCCUAACCCCAAGUUUGCAUCCUUCUGUGGUGUGUUUUGGUCCUUUCAACAGUCUAUAACGGGGUUUCAACACUGUAGACAUCUGAUCGUAGUAGACACCAAAAUCUUGAACGGUGAGUACCAAUUGAACUUGAUCAUUGCCUCGGGGGUUGAUGCAGCCAACAAAUUUUUUCCUCUUGCAUUUGCGGUUACUAAAGAAUUGUCCACUGAUAUUUGGCGUUGGUUUCUCACUGGAAUCAGAGAGAAGGUUACACAAAGGAAAGGCCUUUGCCUCAUCUCCAGUCCUAACCCCGAAAUACUUGCUGUUAUAAACGAACCAGGGUCUCUGUGGCAAGAACCUUGGGCUUAUCACAGGUUCUGUCUGAAUCAUUUGUGCUCCCAAUUCUCUCUUGUUUUUCCAAGCUUCUACCUAAAGAUGCUCAUGAGGCAGGCUGGAUCCACGACUCAGAAGGAUGAGUUUGUUUCCUACAUGAAGAGAAUCGAAGAAGUCAACCCAGAAGCUCGGAAAUGGUUAGACCAAAUCCCUCAAUAUCAGUGGGCUCUGGUUCAUGACAAUGGUCGGAGAUAUGGAAUCAUGGCGAUAAAUACAAAAGCUUUGUUUGCAGUUUGUAAAGCAUUUGAGCUGGCUGAUCAUGUAGUGACAGGUUCAGUGCUGCUUUUAUUUGAUGAGCUGAGAUCCUCUUUUGACAAGUCUUUUAAUUGUAGCCGUAGUUCUCUUAACUGCGGCGAUGUGUACACCAAACCUGUCAUGGACAAGCUUGAAGAAUUCAGGACGUUUUUCGUUACUUACAAUUACGUUAUAAUGCCCGUAGACAAUAAUGCGUUUCAGGUCACAACACCGUUACAAAAGGAUGAAUGGAUUGUUAAGCUGAGCGACUGCACCUGCUCGUGUGGCGAGUUUCAACGUUGCAAGUUCCCUUGUUUACAUGCUCUAGCCGUCUGCAAGAAGAUGAAGUUCAACCCUUUGCAGUAUGUGGAUGACUGCUACACUCUUCAACGGUUAAACAGAACUUACGCCGCCACUUUUUGUGAUGUUCCGGAAAUAUCAGCGUGGCCAGAAGCUUCUGAAGUUCCGAGAUUGCUUCCUCCUUACAUUCCACCGUCACCGCCAUACAAAUAACGUAUCUGGUACUAAGAAGAAGAUGGAUUUGAGUCGAACCGAGGCAGGCAUUUUGGUGAACUAUGGUUACUGAUUAGUUAUUAUUAUGAGAAGUAGUGUUUGCUCAUUUGCUGCUUCUGUAAGUGAAACUUUUUUCCGGUUUGUUCAUUAGAACUUUUGGUGAUCCCCUGGA